AUGCCCAAGUCUAAAAGAGCAAAGGUCGUCCACCUCAACCAAGUCUCCAAAAAGACGCGGGAGCAAAAGGACAAGCUGUUUCAGAACAUUCGCGAUGCCAUCCCCGAAUACCAGCACUGCUUCGUGUUCAGCAUAGACAACAUGCGAAAUAGCUACUUGAAGAACGUGCGCCACGAGUUGAACGAUAGCAGGCUAUUUUUCGGCAAGACCAAACUCAUGGCCAAAGCGCUCGGCCAGUCGCCCUCCGAAGCCGUCGUUCCCGGAAUCGAAGACCUGACCCAGUACCUCAGCGGCACGGUUGGCCUGCUCCUCACCAACCGCCCGGUCCAGUCCAUCGUCGAGUACUUUGACAACUUUGAGCCGGUGGACUUUGCCCGCGCCGGCGUCACCUCCCCCCGGGACUUUACCAUCCCCGCGGGCGUGGUGUACGCCACUGCCGGGGAGGUCCCCGUCGAGCACGACGUGCCGCUGGAGCACACGAUUGAGCCGGAGCUGCGAAAGCUGAACGUGCCCACGCGCAUGGUCAAGGGCAAAGUCGUGCUGGGUGACGAGAACGGCCAAGGGGAGGGAUACGUCGUCUGCAAGGAGGGCGAUGUUUUGGACUCGAGGCAAACCAGGCUCUUGAAGCUGUUUGGGGUGUGCCUGUCCAAAUUCAGGGUCAGGCUUUCGGCGUACUGGAGCUCGGCGAGCGGACAAGUCACGGAGAUUGACCCGGCUGCCAUGGAGGGCGUGGACGAGAGUUGA